AGUAAGCGGCUGAAGUCUUCGGCUGUGGCGGAAUGGACUGCCUGAACUUCCACUGGGAUGUUCUCUGACAGAAUAUGUGGCUGUGUGUGAGUGUGUUUUAACGGUGUGUGUGUGUGUGUGUGUGUGUGAAUGAGGUGUGUGCGUGUGGGGGUAAAGGCUGCAUAGAUGCACCGGCAAAACAAUGGCUCUGAACCGAGUGUCUCAACUCUGCCACGAUAUCACCAGGCUGUGGCUGCAGCUGAAGAUGAUGACAGAUGACAUUGUGCAGAAGGACGGUCCUCUGUGUGCAGCAGAAAUCGGCUCUGAACUCCAGAAACAGUUUGCCAUUCUGCCAGGGGGCCGCGGGAUGAACGGCAGCCCCGUCAUCGUCUUCCCAGAAUUCCCGGAGUUCGGCGAGCUGGAGGAGGACGAGGUUCAAAGCGUCCUCAGCUACCUCACCAGCGUCCCCAGCGUUGCAGCAUCAGGAGUGGGCUUCAUCCUGGUCAUCGACAGACGGCUGGACCGAUGGGCCGCCGUCAGGGCCACCCUGCACCGCAUCGCAGGUUCAUUUCCGGGGAACUUACACUUGGUUCUGGUGCUGCGUCCCUCUGCUUUGUUCCAGCGGACUCUGUCGGACUUCCUGUUCAAGUUCAACAAGGAUGAGUUCAAGAUGAAGGUGGUGAUGCUGAGUUCGGUGACUGAGCUCCAUGCGUAUAUUGACCCUGGACAACUGACCACGGAGCUGGGAGGCACACAGGAAUAUUGCCAUGAAAGCUGGAUCUCACACCGCACCGCCAUCGAGGCGUUCGCCCUUAUGGUGAAGACCACGGCUCAGACGCUGCAGGCGUUCGGCACUGAGCUGGCAGAGACGGAGUUACCCAACGAUGCCGAGGCCACCACCAACCUGCUGCACGUACACACCCUGAAGAAAGACAAAAUGAAGGAGGACCUGCAGGUGGCGCUGUCUCAAGGAGGACGCUUACUGGAGUGUAUUAACGAGCCUCUGCAGACUGACCCUGAAUACAGCAUGAUGCAUGAUGAACUGGAGAACUUGGCUACCGUACAGAGACUCCUUGGUCAGCUGGAUGAAACAGAAACGGCCUUCGAUGAUUUCUGGGAGCGUCACCAUACUAAGCUGGAGCAGUGUUUGCAGCUGCGUCAUUUUGAGCAGCACUUCCGUGAAGUGCGCGCCCAGCUUGACGUGACGUCUGAGCGGCUGUCGGAUUUCUCGGAGGUCAGCGUAAGCCCCGCCCACGCAGAGCACGUCCUCAGAGAGCUCAGCGGCCACGAGGACAAAGCCUGUGACGUGCUGGACCUGGCUCUGUCUCUGGCCAGCGAAGGCGACCGGCUGAUCGAAAACUCCCACUACGCCGAGGACUCCAUCAGGCCCAAGUGCAGCGAGCUGAGAGGAGUGUGUGAGGAGAUCAGCUCCACCCUGAGGAGCAAGAAGGGCCUCCUGCUCAGAGCUCUGGAGCUCCACCACGCUCUGGAGAAGGCGUCGCGGUGGUGUGAGGACGGCAUCUUCCUGCUGGCCAGCCAGCCGGUGGACCGUUGCCAGUCUCAGGACGGAGCUGAAGCGGCUCUGCAUGAACUGGAGCAAUACCUGGACACGGCGGCGCUGCACACCCUCGCCGACCGCAGCGCCAUCUGCUGCCAGUACGAGGCGGUGUUCAACCCUCAGCUCAGGGACCAGGUGGAGAAAGUUUUCCAGAAGCAAAGCUCUGUCCAGGAGAUGUUUGAGAAAAGACGCGUCAGCCUGAAGAAACUCGCCGCCAAACAGACAAGACCGGUCCAGCCAGUCGCUCCGAGACCUGAAGUCAAGUCUCCACAAUCAUCUCCCAAUCAAGAGAGAAAGGAAAGGAGAUACUCUGCAGAUAAUGUAAUCUGCAAAAAGGUGGAGUCUCCCCUACAUAACGGUGGCACGAGACACGCUUCGCUUUCAGAAGAAGAAGAAAACCUGGCAGUUCUGAGGCGUCAUGUCAUGAAUGAGCUGCUGGAAACGGAGCGAGCGUACGUGGAGGAGCUGCUGUGUGUGCUGGAGGGCUACGCAGCAGAGAUGGACAACCCCGCCAUGGCUCACCUCAUCCCCAGCAACCUGCACAGCAAGAAGGACGUUCUGUUCGGCAACAUGUCCGAAAUCUACCAGUUUCACAAGAGGACAUUUCUAAAGGAACUUGAAGCGUACACUGACUGCCCAGAACUGGUGGGACGCUGCUUUUUAGAAAGGAUGAAGGACCUGCAGAUCUACGAGGCGUACUGCCAGAACAAACCUCGCUCUGAGAGCUUGUGGAGACAGUGCUCGGACUGUGCCUUCUUCCAGGAGUGCCAGAAGAAGCUGGAGCAUAAACUUGGUUUGGACUCCUACCUCCUAAAACCCGUCCAGAGAAUCACCAAGUACCAGCUACUGCUAAAGGAGUUGCUGAAGUACAGUAAAGGCUGUGAUGGUUGUGAUGACCUCCAGGAAGCUCUCUCCUCCAUCCUGGGUAUCCUGAAAGCUGUAAACGACUCCAUGCAUCUCAUUGCCAUCACAGGAUACGAGGGGAACCUGUCCGAGCUGGGUCGUCUGCUGAUGCAGGGCUCCUUCAGCGUGUGGACGGAACAUAAGAAAGGUCACGCCAAGGUCAAGGACCUGGCCAGGUUUAAGCCCAUGCAGAGGCACCUAUUCUUGCACGAGAAGGCCCUGCUCUUCUGCAAGAGGAGGGAGGAGAACGGGGAAGGCUACGAGAAAGCUCCGUCGUACAGCUUCAAACAUUCCCUCAGCAUGAGUGCGGUGGGCAUCACAGAGAACGCCAAAGGAGACAACAAGAAGUUUGAGAUUUGGUGUAACUCCAGAGAAGAAGUUUUUAUCGUCCAGGCUCCAACACCUGAGAUUAAAACAGCGUGGGUGAACGAGAUCCGCAAAGUUCUGACCCAGCAGCUCAAAGCCUGCAGAGACGCCAGCCAGCAGAAAAGCUCCGACUCCCCGGUUCACACCAGCAACAACAGCUCCAUCUCCCUCAGCCCGUUUCGUAGCAGCAAUCAGAAGAACCAGAGGAAGCAGGAGGAGAAGAAGGCAGAGCCGAGUCCCACCUCCGAUGUCUCCUCGUCCUCGCCCAAACACAAAGAUGAAGCGGUGACCAGUCCCACCACUGACAGGUCCUCAGUGGCUAAAAAGCGUUUUACUUUACAGGGCUUCAGCAAUCUCAAGAGUCCCAAAGGCUCAGCUCUGAGCCCUGAGCACAGCUCCAAACGCCACUUGGUCAAGAGUGACCCAACGCCGUUUGGGUUUAAAGGCUGGAACAAGGCGUCUCUCUCCGUGGAUGCCUCAGAAGAGAACGACGGAUACUCCAGCGGCGAGGAUCCCAUGAACUCCGACACCGAGGAUGAAGUCGGGAAGAAGCUGGUUCCAGGAAAGUACACAGUGGUGGCGGACUGCGAGAAGGCGGGACCUCAAGAGCUGUCCGUCAAGAGCGGAGACGUGGUUCAGCUAAUCAGAGAAGGAGAGGAGGGACAGUGGUUUGUGAAGAACCUCCGCAGCAGUAAGGAAGGCUGGGUGGCAGCAGCAAACCUCCUCAGCCUCAUCUCAGAGUCCAAGUCGUCGCAAUCACUCAGCAGCUCAGAUGGCAGCGUCUCUGGGAACCUCAGCACUUCUUCCAGCUGCAGUGAGACCUACACCAGCUACUCCGACAUCAAACCCUGACCCUGAACACUGUCCAGACCCCGACCUAAAUCCAUUUCUAGAUGGAAAGCUGAUCUGACAGGAACUGAAAUGAUCCUUUAUUUUCUCCCAUUCACACAGAAAAAAACCCUCACACUAUGUCGGCUCCAAACAACAAUCACUUUUCAGCCAAAUGUCAAAACAAAAACUCUCCGUCUUGGUUGAAUUUAAGCACAUUUGAAUAGAAAACAUCAGGGAUCAGCCACCUCCUGUCAGGCCUUCUUUCAAACUCUCAACAACUUCAUUUAUUAAUUGUGAGUAUGUAGCAUUAAAAAUGGACAAUUCCGAGAAGAUCUGCGCAAAAAGAAACGACUGCCGGUGUCGACAACAUCGCGGCACGGCGACAGAUUCUUGUGUGAAACAUCCGCAGAUAGCAUCGGACAGGUAUUUCACACGAUGCACCGUCUUUAGUGUCAGACGCUGAUUGUACACUGUGAAAAGUAGCAGGCGGCUGCAACGAGAAAAACGUUUUCGAUGCGUCUUGGAGCGAAACUGAGCAGGUCGAAUGUCCGGGGCAUGUUGCUGUAAGCCUUUGCUGUACAUGGGUGUCAAACUAGUUGGUCUUUCUAUUCCCCCCCUCUUUCAGGAAUGCUGUAUUCCUCCUGUAACGUUCCCACGAGCUUCCUUUCAAGCCUGUUCUUUUAAAAACACAGAACCGCCAGGUGAAUGUCACCAACAGCACAGCCUGGCAGGUCGGGUGUUGCUUGCACUUCUCCAACUUAGUGUCUGUACGAAGCGCUUACGCAAAGAGUGGCAGCUCGGACAACUCUUGAACCUCUUUGUUAUGAAUUAUGUAACUCGCCUCUGAACUGCUCUGGAUUUUUACCUCUCAGGAAGCCCAAGAAGUCGCGUGGUCAGGCAGGUGUGACCGCAUACCUGCCUGUGUCGACUGCACUUCGUCUUUUAUGUGUUUGUUCUUUGCUCAUACCUGCGGAAAGUCUCGAAAGCCAUGUCAGAUUUACACAAAAGGCCCGAUUUGGUUAUAUUACAAGCUGUUUACAGGGUUGAGUGGGUAUCAUGGUGGUUAAUCUUUACGCUAUUGGAAUUAUUCUGCAUGUUCGCCCACUUUUUGUGUCGCCUGAAGCCUGCUGUGUCCUCAUCUCUUUGGUCCCAGCCCCGUUCAGGCAUGCGACAGUGGCCACUUCUCCGCAAGCCGGACCUGCUCGACGUGUUCCAGCCAAUAUUGGUUUACUCGACACCAAAAUGUGGCCGAGUAAAAAUCAGAAAGUCUGACUCAACACUGAAUGACACCUUUUCUACUGUACCCACAGUGGAAAACAAUCCUUCCCCACCUGUGUGACCCUUGUUCGGUGUCAAAACGUGAGCUAAAACUGCGGCUCGUUCUGUUCUGUCAGACUGAGAAAAUGUACAGAUGUGUCCUCGAUACUCCACGGUUUUCCUCAAGAGCAUGAUCAUGGUUUCUCUGUGAGUGUCCUUGUCUCUCUCUCCGUGUCAUCACUCUCCCGGACGAGGCUAUAUUUCUACCUGUCGUACAUCGUGAGAGUUUAUUUUCUGCCCUCUGACUGAAGCUGACACACGGGCGCUAAACUUGUCGGUGUCUGAUCGUGAUCCCACAAUAAAGAAUUAUUUUUACUCUUAAAUCGGAGGCUGGAGGAGAUGAGAAAGGGUUCUAUUUUUUAGUUUCUGUUUAUGCAGCACAUUGCAGCGACCACUGUUUUUAUUUUCCUAUUGUAAAUCUACUGAGUAUGUGUUGAUAUGAGAGUAUUAUAAUGAGACAUAUCUGUGUAUAUUUGUACAUAUGUAAUUCUGACUUGUAUGUAAAAUGAUAAAGCAGCUUUAAUAAAGUCUGAGAUGGUUUCCUCUA